AUGAAAAGUACAUAAUUUAGCUAGAGAUAGACUUAGUCUACGACUUAUCCAUUCAGAAAUGCUUCACCAAAUCAAAGAGCUUACUAUGAAAGUCCCUCAGGAAAUAAUUAUGAUAAUAGUGACAACAAUACUGCUACGAAUCAAAGCAGAUUCCCAGUUAAUUUGAAUGUAAGAGCUAAUCUUCUUGACUAAUGCAAUAAUCAAUAUGAAGAGAAUUUCAGAAAUAACAACAGCUCAAACUACAAUCAUAACAAUGGUGGUAACCCCAUUAAUAAUUACUCGCAGAAUCAGGCUUAGUAUGAUAGCACAUUCGAUCGUAAAGAUCACAGUAAAGAGAGAAGCAAUUAUUAUCAAUCACCAUACUAAAAUGAAAACUCAGUGAGCCCCGUUCGAGAAAAUGGAAGAGAGGGUAUUGAGGAAACCAUUCAGGGAAAUAUAGAUGGUGCGAUGACCAUUUAAUAGAUCAAAAAUAAAAAAGCCUUUGUUUGGGCAUUUGGUAAAAACCAAGAAGGUGAACUAGCCUUGGGAGUAUAUAAAGAUGCUCUUUUGCCUCGAUUUGUGACAGGUGUCAAGGGUCUUACUGCUAAAUGGAUUUCAAGUUCAAAUCAUCAUACAGCCUUGAUUACUUAAGAAGGCCAGUUGUUAGUCAGUGGUAGUUCUCUUCAUGGAAAGCUUGGCAUUGAAAAUCUGAAUAAGACUAAUAUCAAUAAAUUCUAACUUGUUCCAUCUCUAUCUAGAAAGAAGGCGAAGUAAGUAAGUUGUGGUGAUUAUCAUACAUUAUGUUUAAUGGAAGAAGGUACUGUUUAUCAAUUUGGUGGCUCUUUAUUUAAAGAUAAAAAAGAUAAGAUACAAAGACUUUAAAAUCCUUAGUAAUAAAUACCACCUAAUGUCCCACAACCUAUUUAAGCAUUAUAUGGUAGAGAAAUUGUUUAAAUUGAUUGUGGUGAUUUUCAUUCAGCUGCUUUAGAUGCUAAUGGAGAUUUAUAUACAUGGGGAGGAGGUGCUCCUUCUUAUAAUAAAGGUUAAUGCGGUCAUGGACAUCAAAAUGCUCUUGAAUACCCAGAAAAAGUGAAGUAUCUUUCUUCUAAGCGAAUCAUAAAAGUAGCUUGUGGUGGCUUUCACACCCUAGCAUUGACAUCUGAGAAUGAACUAUAUUCUUUUGGCAGUGGAAAUUACGGUGAAUGUGGCUAUGGUGAGUUUUUAGAUACAUCAAAGCCUAAAUUAGUGAAGUUUCCACACGAUUAAAUAAACAGCAAUAGCAAUGUGACUGAUGAUUUGGAGGAAUUUAAUAAUGACUAAGAAUUUGUACUUGAAAUGUACUUGAAAGAGUAGCCUAUGAUCACUGAGAUUGCUGCUGGUGGUAGACACUCUAUGGUACUUACUAACAAAGGGAGAUUGUACAGUUUUGGAUAUGGAACUAAUGGUUAACUCGGACUUAGAAAUACCUCUAACUUUGCAAAGCCAUAAUUAGUCAAGGACUUGAUUGGAAAGUAGGUGACUUAAAUAGCUGCUGGUUGGAAUCAUUCUCUAGCAAUGACUGACAAAGGAGAUGUCUACGCUUGUGGUUAUGGUGGUCAUGGUUAACUUGGUUAAGGCGAUAAAGAAUCUAGAACUUAUUUCAGCUAUAUUUAAUCUCUUGGAAACAAAAAUAUUGCAAGAAUAUUCGCAGGUGGAAACCACUCUUGGGUGGUAUUAGACUCAGUGAUGCCAACGAGAGAUAAGUGGAAUGUGCCUUCUCCUGUUAAAAAUUCAAAUCACAACGACAACUCAAGGUCUAAUACUCCUCACAGACCUCUUGGUGAUUUUUCCAAUACAAUAGGCAACGGUAUGGGUAAUAAUAAUUAACAAAGUGGCUCAAAACCUAUGAACAGAUCGAGUGUUUCGCCAUUUUAAUAGAGAGCAAGUACAGGACCUAAUGAUGGCCAUCCCAAGCAAAGUCAAAUGUCCUCAGCAACUUUUGGAGGACUAAAUUCCAGUUUUAAUUAAAAGUAGUAGCCUGGUGCCGCAGACAAAAGUAUGUACAAUCCAAAUACCUCUCAGUCUUAAAUAAUUCCCCAAGGAGAUGAUUUCAUUCAAAAGAUAAUAGAAAUACAGCAUUAACAGCUUAUGAAAGCUUAGUACUUCUUGCAAGUCACCUAUUGUGAGACUGAAUAUUGCCACAGAUUUGUUAACUUUGAAGUUCAUGGGCAAUUCGUAAAGUAAUUUGAAUCGAUGCUUGAAGAGUACAUCUAAUAAUCCUAUCAACUAGAAAAAGGAGUUCUUUAUCAUAAGGUUCAAGAAGUGCCUUAAGAGUUCUUAACUAAGAAAGCUAGCAUUUUAACUCCAGGAGACAGAAUGAUCAGAGAGUAGUAGAAUGAAUUUGAUAACGACCCAGAGUAUAGCGACCUAGAUGAUAGUUUUACUCCAGAAGAGGGGCAUAAAGGUUAUACUCUCUGCUUGAUAUGCAAUCCAAAUGUUUGCGGAUAUGAUGACAGUUUCAAUGAGUGGAAGAGAAAUAAUGGGAUUAUUGGCAAAGGAAAGAAAAUUGUAGUCAACUCAUCUUCAUUCUAAGGGUCCACUGGGAUCAGAGCAGUAAGCGGAGAUGAAAACUAAGCACCACUGAUAGGAAAGAUAGUUUUCGUAAAGGACUCAGACAUUGAUAGCAAUCCUUUUGAGGACACUAUUUGCAAGUGGAUGAUCAACUUCCACAGAAAGCUAGCUAAAUAUUGUAUUAAGAAACCAAGAUAUAGUGAACUUAGACCUAUGAAGUUCUCCUUGACAUGA